CAGGGCCAGAAGCAGGAGUUGCUGGGCGAAGGACAGGCACUUUCAGGGUUCGCGUGAAUGGAAGGGGACGAGGGGCCCCAGAGUUUGAGUUUGAGCAUAAUUUGGGAGUUGCCAUGUCACAGAAUUGGUCGAUGAGUCAUGAGAUUUGGAGAUCAUAGAACCCUUCCCUGGCGAUCAGUUAGGAGUGAUGGAAGUAAAAAGCGCUGGGGUUCGGUAGAAGUGGUUUGGAGGCCAUGUCUGGGGACAGUGUGUGAGGGACUUCGGGAGCUGGGUCCCACAGUGGUAUGAUUCAGAGGCUUCCGUCCCUGAUGGGGUUCAGGGAGGUCUCCGUGGUGGUUCUGUUCCCUGCUCCCUUUCCUCUCCAUGCUGUGGGGAUUCAGUUGUGCUCCCGUGGGAAGGGGGUUAAAAUUCCUCCAGCCUCCAGCAGUUUUCCAGCACCCACCAGGGGCAGGAGGGACAUAGACAUGCGUGGAGCCCUCCAUUCCUCACUGUUGCCAUAGUAACUGCCUAUUGAUGGAGUAUUUAUAGGGGAAAGAAGCAGGCGCCUAAUUUUGGGGAGGGGGAGAGGCCUCAUGGCAGGCUGCGGCAGCAGUGAUGGUGGCUACUGAAUCACUAAUGGAGUGGGCGAUGCCAUGCGCGCUGUUUUGGGGAGACGUUGGCUUCUUUGGAGCUGACAAACGAAUCAGUGACUUUCGCAGGUGCCAGGAUCACACACAUUUGGGGCUAUGUGAAACAUGGGAGUGCGCGAGCCCCCAAGUCUGCAUAUUUGGGACAAAAGAUGGCCAUAUGGAAGCUAUUAUGUAAUUGUUUUCCAUGUAAAAAUAUUAAAACCCUGCAGUUCUCUUUGGUAGGCAACGAAGCAUUUUCUUUUGUCCCUUAUUAGUAAAGCCUUCACUCAUUUUUCUCACACCAUGACGUGACACAGACUCCAUUUUUCUUCAGCCAAAGCACAUUGCUGCUGGGCCCUCCGCCUCCACACUCUCACCACCCACCUCAUCUGAGAUUCACAAGGAAAGGAGAAUGCAUCAAGGGCUAUUCCUCUCACAGUGGAAGCCCAUCUUUGGCAGAUUCACAUUCCCAUGUUGAGAUUUUUGGUAGGACUGUUGUAGGCUUCAAAAGAGGAAUCCCUGGCAUGGGAGACCAGAUGGAUAGGACAUUUGCUGUUUAGCCUUUCGUUUUCAGUGGUCUGUCGUGUCCUACCUGUUUGCCAAAAGGAUUAGAGGCCAUAUUACAAAUGCACAGUGAGGCUCUGGAAACAUAAAUAGAAAACUGUGCACCUAGUCGUAGGAGAGAAGCAUGUCUGCCCAACAGCUGGGCUUUCAGGGCUCCUGUGCUUGAAUGUCCCUGUCAAUACUGAACUCUCUGGCAGCCUGGAUAAGAAGGGCUGCCUAAUGGGUUCUGCAGCUCAUGUGUGUCCUGUAUCCUGGUAGUCAUAAAACACAAGCAGAUGGAGUGGUGCGCUGCGCCCAGGCUUGCAUCCUGAGCAGAGAGGGUUUUAGUGGAAGAAAGGCUUUGGGACAGUAGCUAGUUAGCACCUCAGGGUGUGUGUGUGUGUGUGUGUGUGUGUGUGUUUGUGUGUGUGUGCACUCGUGCGCGCGUGUGUGACUGGGGAGCUAACCCAGGGCCUCAUACAUGCUAGGCAGGAAUUCUAGUGUGUGCUGCAUCCCCAGCCCUGAUCACUUAACAUACGCAUCCGGGAACUCUGCUACAGUGGUCUUUAGUGCAGAGAGGAACAGCUCCUGCUUCUAGAAAAGCCCACAGGGUGGAAAUGAACCCAUCAGGUCACACGGACUUGUUUAUACCUAAUGGCUCUGGCUGUGGUACCUAGAGGCUCAGACCCUGAAGAACAGGUGUCCUCUGAAGGUCAUUAUACGGCCAGUCCCAGAUGGCCCAGACAUUUGAGUGGUUGCUGUUGUUGCUGCAUUACAUUUGGUUUUCAAGGACUAGCCUUGCCAUUGGAGGGAUCUGGAGUUGCCAUUGGGACCCAUUCACAUUGUGCCUCUGUCGCAGCUCAUUUGCUUGACCUUGUCUCCUCCCACCUCCACUCUGAAUCUCUGACCUUCCUUUUCUCAUCUGUCUCUGAGAUCUUUUCUGAUUCACAGGCGCAGGGAUCUGUAGAGGGGAGUGAGGAAGGAGCCUCUGCCUGUAGGAGUUUUCCUUUCUUAAAGAAAAGGUCAACCCUUGGGUUUUCUGGACGCCUGGGUGUUCCCUUAGGGGUAGUAGUGGGAAGCUUGCGGGGCAGUGGGGGACUCUGUGGAGAAGCUUACUGGGAGCCUGAGAGCAGCAGCAGCUCUGAGCGGCUGCAGAGAGGUGCUUCAUCUCUGGGGUUGCUGCUUGGGCCUUUUGAGCACGUCCUGGGGCUGCAGCCCAGGAUGAAGAUGGCGCCAUGUAGAUUUCUGGUUGUGUUUCAACCACAACUCUGCUUUUCUCCCCGUCCAGGCAAGUGAGACUCUGAAGCUGCGGGAGCAUCAUGGCAGUGUUUCUGGAGGCCAAGAACGCCCAUUCCGUUCUGAAACGCUUCCCGCGGGCCAAUGAGUUCCUGGAGGAACUACGCCAGGGCACCAUCGAGCGUGAGUGCAUGGAGGAGAUCUGCAGCUACGAGGAGGUCAAGGAGGUGUUUGAGAACAAGGAGAAAACGAUGGAAUUCUGGAAGGGGUACCCGAAUGCAGUCUACUCUGUCCGAGACCCUUCACAGAGCUCUGAUGCCAUGUACGUGGUUGUGCCCCUUCUGGGGGUAGCACUGCUGAUUGUCAUCGCCUUGUUCAUUGUCUGGAGGUGCCAGCUGCAGAAAGCAACACGUCACCACCCCUCCUAUGCUCAGAACCGGUACCUAGCCAGUCGCGCUGGGCACAGCCUGCCCCGGGUCAUGGUGUACCGGGGCACUGUGCACAGCCAGGGGGAGUCCUCUGGACACCGGGAGGCGGGGAGCACCCCGCAGGUGGUGCUGGGGCCCAGCCGGGGGAGCAGAGCCACCGUGCGACUGGAGAGCACCCUGUACCUCCCGGAGCUUUCUCUUAGCAGACUGUCUAGUGCCACCCCCCCACCCUCCUAUGAGGAGGUGACUGCUCCCCAGGAAGGGAGCAGUGAGGAGGCCAGUGUCUCAUACAGUGACCCGCCCCCGAAGUAUGAGGAGAUAGUGGCCUCCAGCCCAGGCGCAGACAAGUAGGGAGGCCCGUGUCAUGUCCUGGCCUGGAGGGAAGCCUCUUUCAGAGGCUUCCAGUUUUCUUUGGAACUUUGGAAAGACUUUGCCACCACAAAACAGCCUUAGCCUCCUUGUUGCCAAAUAAUUCCCUAACCGUGGAUUUUUAGGAAGCCAGCUGUCAGAGACAGGUAGGGUGGGCGGGGGUAUGAAAAGUACAUGAGGCAAAGCCCCCCGGGGAAGAGCUAUGGACUCCAGAUCCCAGCUCUCCUAGAAGCCCCCCACACCCCCUUGUCCUGUCCUCCCAUCCGGGACUGGCUUCUCAUAUGCCAAAGGAAUCACCCUGAUGUGUUGAUUGUGGCCAGAAUGUUCCCAGGCUCAGCCAUCUGAGCCUUGGGGUGGGGGCCUGACUGUGCCUGGGGCUCUAGGCCACAGAGAAGAGGGAGAGAAGCCAGCUCUGCAGCACCCCUUCUCCUCUGCAAUCCUCUGCAUUCUGUCCUCCUCUUUCGAGGAAGGGGACAAGGAUUGAGCAACAAACAAACCGAGUAAUAACAAAGAACAAAUGGUGAACAUCACAGAACCAAACAGUAGCACUUGGCUGUUUGUGGGUAGGAAACCGGGGGAAACCAGUUGCACAGAUCUCUGACAGGCUCCUCCCUCUGCACCCACCCUCCCUCCUGACCAGGCCUUCAGCAACCUGGCUGGACAGGGUGCGUGAAGGGUGUGGGGCAGGGGGCUGGGUGGCAGAGUUCCUUCCUUCAUAGUCACCAAGGGGCCCACGUGAACUUUGCCAUCCUGUUACUGGUGUGCCCCCCCCGGCCUGUGUACCUGCUGUGCUAGAACCAUUACCCACUGGCAUGAGCCCACUUGAUGCCCCGGCACGCCUUGUCCUGGGGAAAGCAGAAACUCCUGACCCUGCGGGAGCCCAUGGCCCUUGAACAGUCGGGGCGCAGGCUAGGACAGGCAGUGAAACUUUUCUGUGUGUACCACACUCUUGAGCCUGGCCUCCUUGGCACUGAGCUCUCUGGCUUUGAACUUUUAGGGUACUUCCCUUGUUGUGCAUGGGUGCGUGGAACUUGAGCUUCAGAUUAAUGAUGGUGCCCACACUGGAAGAAGAGCCUAAAGUGUCUCUUUUUUAAAAAUCUUUUUGUGGGGGAGCCAUGACCGGGGUUGAAAGUCUAUCCAGGCUUUGCUCUGCCAUGGCUGGGUGCUGGUCUGAUUUUAGGAAGGCUGGGGACAGCAGUUGGGCAGGGAUGACCUGCCCUGUGACUUAUCAAUUGGGUAAAAAGACAUAGUUGAUACCAUCUCCCCCUCCCUCAUCUCUAUCCUCCUGGCCUGGCCUCGCCUUGGUGCCAAAUCAUUUUCCUCUGUGGUGCUUUAAAAAAUGUAGCAACCUUCUGUGGGACCUGGAAGAGUGCAUAGCAUGGGUCUGUUGGCAGGCAUAGCAGUUUAGCACCCACUGAGGCGACAAGCAUCCUGUCUAAAUGGCUCUCCAAGGCAGUCCUUAGUCUCAUUCCUGGAAUGGGGCCCUGCCUGAGGCCACAGCUAACUUCUGGAGGCCCCUGGAGACCUGGAGAUUGCCCCCAGGCUGUGUUUGUGGUCUGGAGGCUUGUGUCCUACCCCACUUGGAUAACUGGAUUCUCCCAGGAGGGUUUCUGUCCUUCCCCCUACCUCACAGGCCCACCGAAGGCUGACUGGGUUAUUGCUUGUGAAGUGCUUGGAGCCCCGUGGAGCCAGUGAGGUUUGCCCUUGGAAAGAUGCUUCUAGAAAUGUGCAGGUUCCUAGAGGGCCAUUUUGAGCAAGGGCCUCAUCUGGGGGCUGUGGAGUCUCCACCUGACCCUGUCUGUGUCCUCCAGCCUUUCUUGAGUUCUGUGAUGCCAGAGAUGCUGACCAGGUGGCAUUCCUCCUUUCCUUUUGUCCUUUUGCCCCGUCCUGGGCCUCUGGCACUGCAUUCCUACCCUUCCUUGGGAAGGGAUUUUUGGUCCAGAAGGCCUCUGCUUUUGCCAUGAUGGAGCCUGGGCCCAACCCCAUUCGGCCAUGUGGGAGGACCUCAGAAAGCCAGAAGCUUGGGGCCAGAUCCAGCUCUCCCAGUUUUCUCAAGCAGGUGCCUAAGUGUGACCUGCACCACCUGAGAAAAGGCUUGUCCUUCCCCCUGACCACAGCCAGAGGGAGUGAGCCAGGGACGGCCAACACCUUAGGCAUCUGCCCAGGGUGGCCUGAGGCUGGGUGGCUCUAGGAGAGCCCAGAAAGAGGAGUCUGGGGACUGAGGACUGGCUGCAGGGAGAGCUGGCGGCUGCUCCUUGAGUCCUGCAGCCUAGGCUCUGGAUCUUCGAGGAGCUCUUCCUGGCAGUGCUGGACAGAGGCCCUAGGGGUAGAGUUUGGAGCUCGCCAUGGGGAAAGGACUAUACAGUAUGCACAGCGCAGAACUCCUCGUGGUGCACACUUGGCUUUUAUGAAUGCCCUGUACAUAGCUUUUGAAACUGUCUUUGUAUGAACGUUGAUUUGAUAUGAUGCUAACACUUUAGGAGCCAUGUUUUCGUUGUUUCUGGACUUGUGUGUGUGCUUGUGUGUAUGUGUAUACACGUGUGCACGUUGUCUUUUCUCAUUGCUUAUCUGAAACAAUAGCCGGUGUGCGGUUAUAUUUUAUACCAGGAGGGAUCCAGUCUGAAGGGAGGAAGGUCCCCUCCCGGGGCUGAGCAGCCUCAUGAUGAGGCCCUGAGUGAGGAAAGCCCAGAUUAGCUUUCAGGACCCCAAAAGUCGCUGCCUUUUGUCCCCUCUCAAAAGGUUUGGGAAGAUGAGGCAGCAUCACCCCGGGGGACCCCACCUGCCCCUUUGGCAUGAUGCCCCUCCUCCUCGCUCCUGUUCUGUGGCAGUCAGUAGCUGAGGGAACUCUGACCACUCCUGCACUUUCUCUGUCUGUCUGUCUGUCUGUCUCUCUCUCUCCCUCCCUCCUUCCUUUCUUCCCUUCUCCUUUUUUCCCUUCCUCCUCUUUUCUUUCUCCUUCCUUCCUUCCUUUCCUUCACAGAAAGAUGUGAGACUAUUGACUUUGGGAAUAGUCGGCUAAUUAUGUAGAUAUUUUUUCAUUCAAAAAGAAGAAAAGGCUUGAAAAAAAUUCAUUGAAAUAGAACUGUCACUUGUUUUCAACCAAAAACUUUCUAAGACUUUUUAAAAACCAGAAUCCCAAUUCUGUCCCUUUCCCACUGCCCACCACCUCGGGUUUCCCAAAUGAAAGCACAAGAGUAAGAGCGGGGUGCCAGGUGCCUGGUGUGUGCACCCCAACACGGCUGCCUCGCGCCCUGGCCGAGGAGUCGCACCCAGGAGGCCAAGGCCUCCACUUCUGUUUGCCAAUCCACUGCCAUUAGUGUGAAUUCCUUAGGGUGCUUAGAAAAUGAGACUCUGCCUAAUGUGCUGGACAUUGUCUUUCGGAUACGCAAAUAUGAGGACUUGGGGACAGGAAAGUGUCUUUUUUAAGUAGUUGGAGCCAGGUGCUUCCCCUCUUCCAGUGGGCAAGCCUCCUGGUCCCCAGGCAGAGUUGGUCUUUGACACGCAGGUGGCAUCCCAGGAGAAGAAAAACAGCAACACUGCCUCUAGAUUCCUUUGUCAGUGAGAGCAAGGUGAAGGAGAGAGGCUGAGCUGCUGGGCUGCGUGCACCUUGCUAAGGCAUGAAACUCCAUUUCGGAACUUCGCCAAUUCAGAAAAAAGCACAUCCUCCCCACUGACGUCUGCUAAUACUAAUCAGUAUAAUUAGCUAAUUUAAAAAGUGCUGUAAUCAGACUGCUUGGAAUGACAGUAAAAGCCCAUUAAUCUGAAACCCACUAAUUUAAAACUUGGAAAAAAAAAUCACCAUUUCAAAUACUUCAUAGUAGUUUCGAUCUGUAGGUCAUAAAAAUAUUGGAAAGAUUCUCCACUUGGAUCCAUUUUCAGGGUCUUCUGUGUAAGAGGAAUCCAUUUUAAGACAAGUCCCCUUUUCAAAGGAAAAGCUCAAGGUAUUAAGGAUCCCUUUGCUGUGCCUUCCGCCUUGGGGUUCAGCAGUUCUCAUCUGUAAGGCCCCUGGGCAAGGCAACCCCUUGUUCUCCUUUCACCUUGGGGACAUUGGAUAGCGUAGCCUUUUCCUCCACUCCUGUAUUUAUCCUAUGAAUAAUAUUGCUUGUGAACUUGAAUGCAAUUUAAACACAAGCACGUGUCUUUCUAAAUAUUCUGUGAAGCAAAUGUUGCACCAGCAGACUGGCUGCUCUCUCGUCAUUCGCCCUCAAAUAUUCAAGCUUUAGGAGUUUUUCCUUUCACAGGCUGUGGGCGGGGAGUCUCUUUCUAGCAAGAAUUUCUCUGGCAGAGAUAUGGAAACAGCGCACCCCCUCCGGCUCAAGGCCACAGCAGUUGUUCCUCUGUGCUGGUUUCCGAGCAGGCUGAACAUCCACACAGAUACCCAGGGUCGGGACCACUGACCCGCCAGCGUCCUCCGAUGCUGCUUGCCCAGGCCUGAACACACCUGCUAGCUCGCUCUGUGAUUGUGCAUUGUGCCAGUGGAAACCCUUCUAUGUGCAACUGAGCUUCUAGAAAUGAUCACCAUGAAAUGGAUUCAUUUUGGCACCACUUUCUCCUGUGCUCGUCUUCAUGUGUUAACCCUUGUCAGCUGGGGAGUCUGUCCUCUGAGUAAUACGUCAGGGUUUCACUGGAGCCCAGGGCCAGCCAACGAGCCUGCUUCUAUCUCUCCCAUCUCUCCCUCCCUGUUUACAAUUGUUGAGUUUAGCUGUUAACUUUUGUCUCUUUCUGUACCAGAAGAUAAUGAAUAAUAAUAAAAGAGCAAAUGGCAUCCAUCGCCUUCUGUCCUGGUCUCUCUUGUAUCCCCUGAAACCUGGUUUUGUGAAAAAUGAAAACAGCCCAAGCCAGUUUAGGAGCAGGAAGUGGAGCUGUCCUGGGC